UCGUACCACCGAGGCAGACGUGGCACAGAGGCGAUUUAGAACUGAGCUAAAGGCUAACGGAGCUAACUACGACCAUUCUUCCUGCUGCAGAGAAAAGAGGAACAGAGGGACUUCCAGUAACAAUUAUAAUAAUUACAGAAUUAUUUUGUAGGGCGUUGUUGUUCAGUGGUCUCUGUAAACAAUGGCAUCACCAGUGAAUAACAGCAGUGUGGGUAAGUGGGAGGUAGUGAGAAAAGGCAAGAAACGUCUGCCCGACAAGAAGUACAGUGGCGUUGGAAGAAAAGCACCCAGCGAGUCCAGUUCAUCGAGAGUUGACUCAUAUCCAGUGUCUGUAAAGAUGUCUGAGACUAUAUUUGAGAACUUUGAAAAGUUUGGAAAGAAGCAACAUAAAGAGCAGGUCCAUCCACCAGCUGAAACCCAACAGAAGAAGUCCAAUGCAGUGAAGCAGAACAGAAAAUCUAUGAACUGCAGCCCAAAAGAGAUCCACUACAAAACCUUGGAGGAUGCAGUUAAAGCUUUGGAUGUUGUAGAGCUGAGGCAACAGCUUGAAAGAAGUCAGUCUUUGUUUCCUGAGAAUCCGUGUGUGUGGGUGAAGGAUCUGGCAGGAUACCUUAACAGCAAAUUGCUUGCACCAGACACUGAUCCCACACUUAGCAGCCAUGCUCAUGAUUAUCCGUAUUGUCUUGCGGGGAAGGAGCUGCGCAGCAUCAUUAAGAACCUAUUUGGAAAAAGCACUGACACUCUGCAGGACUUCUUUGACCACUGCAUAUUCACCAUGCUCCGAGAGUUAGAAAAACAACCAGGUGAACCAUUGCAUGGCUACAGGAUGUGCAUUCAGGCAGUCACGAUGAACAAACCCAGAAUAGCCACGCUAAAUCUGGCUGAUCACCUGGAGCUGCUGCGCUCCAACCAGAAUCGCCCAUCCAAGUGUUUGAGCAUUAUGUGGGCUCUUGGUCAGGCUGGAUUUCAUGACCUCACCCAGGGCAUAAAAGUUUGGCUUGGCAUCAUGCUGCCUGUUCUUGGGAUUAAAAGCCUGUCUGCAUAUGCAAUUGCAUACUUGGAGAGAUUACUCACGUUCCAUGCCAACUUGACAAAAGGCUUUGGAGUUAUGGGCCCCAAAGAAUUCUUUCCUUUACUGGAUUUUGCGUAUAUGCCAAAAAAUGCCCUGUCACCAAGUUUGCAGGAGCAGUUGAGGAAGCUGUACCCACGGCUAAAGGUUCUAGCAUUUGGAGCAAAACCAGAAUCCACCCUCCACACCUACUUUCCCUCAUUUCUUUCCAGAGCCACACCUAGUUGUCCUGAUGCUAUGAAGAAAGAAUUGCUGAACAGCCUGACUGAGUGCCUGUCUGUAGAUGCACAGAGUCUGGGAGUGUGGAGGCAGCUUUACACAAAACAUCUUACACAGUCCGGCCUGCUGUUGAAUCAUUUGCUGAAUUCUUGGACCACGCUGUCACUAAAGUUGCGAAACAGUCUUCAGGAAACUAUUCAAUCCUUCAGUGUGACCAAUGAAGAGAUUAGUACCACAGCUAAUUCUGAGGACAUACUAAACUGCAAUACUGUCUGUAAUUCUCUCCAGAUGAAAAUCCACUGUCAGGGUUUUCCAUGGUCACGGUUGCUGAUGGCAGUGUUGGUAUUUGCUGCUGGUUUUAUCGUCCAUGAUGUGAAGUUGCAUGGCACAUUUACAGAGUCCACCACAGCACUGUACCUGGAGAGAAUUGGUGUAACUGCUGUAUCCAAACAAGCCUGGAGAAAAGUCUCUCACUGCAGCCAGCAAUGCAUCAGCUGGUUAGCAGAGAACAUGCCUCAUUAUUACUCUGUGGCUGUGGAGUCUCUGGGUCCACUUCUAGAAGCUACUUUUGAGAAGCUAAAGGAGGCGUCAGUUUUUGUUGCACAGAAUAGUUCAGAUCUCAUCCAGUGGCUACAGGAGAACACACCACUGCUCAUAGAGUGGAUCAGUGAUAACACUCCUAAUAGUGUAUUCCAGUUUUUGGAGUUUAUGAAGAACCUUCUGCUGUUAGUGCAUCAGACCUAUAUCCUGCCUGCUUUUCAAUAUUUCAUUACAUCCCUGCAACAUGGCUGGCAAUCACUCAAAGACUCUUGCAAUGGUGAAGUAUCACUUCAUUGCAUGCAGGGCCAUGUAGUGGCCCUUACCAACAGCACAUGGAUCUACCUACAAGACACAACAACAGCUAUCAGGAGCUGGGCUCAAGAGCUGCUUUCCAUAGUAUAAUGACCACAGACGCCGUAUUGAUCAGAGACUGCCCUCUGCUGUGUUAUCAGACAAGUGCUUCAGUAAAACGUUCUAAUCUGGUGGAACAUAUGGAACAUGCACCUCUCCCAUUUUUUAACCCACCAAUUCUUAGGGAUUUAUUGGUGGGGCCUGCUGUACAGUUCUCAUCUCUUGAUCAUAUUAUUACAAAUUGUAGAUGCUGUUUUACAGACUUUUGCCAAAUUAGUUAAAUAAUUGAUGCAUCUUGUAGGUUAUGCUUGAUGAAUUUCUGAAAAGCUUUUGAUUUUGUCAAAUCUGUCCUGGAACCUAAUUUGUUUAACAUUAAAAGGUAAUGAGGCCAAAGUAGAAUUGUUCUUAAACUCAUAAUUUCACACAGCAGAUUUGUUUACAUAAUAUGCACUUGAACACAAAAGCCUUAAUAAAGCAUGUCAGUUAUGAAUAAAGUUGGAGGAUUUACAUACUA